AAAUGGGUGCAUUGAACUCAAAAACUCGUUAUUUCCCAUUUUCCCUUACUCUUCCAGUCUUCUGUAUACUUUUCCAGUCUACCACGAUCUGACGGUUGGAUUUCCAAUUUAUCUACAUUAUAAGCUUCUCCGGUUUUCUCUCUCUUCAAUUACGAAAAUUUUCUUUCCUGUCCCCCGGUCCACUCUCUAUUUGCAAACAUUAUCUCUCAAUCUCUCGAUAUUGCUGUGAAAUUCGUUAUUUCUUAGUUGCUACGACAUAUUGGAUCUAAAGGUAUUUCUUUGCUGCUGUCCAAGUUUUCAGAUUUAGUUUAAUGAAUCGGUGAGUGAACUGCUCAAGAUGGGAAUUUUCGAUGGACUGCCUACUUCGCCCGAAAAAUCUUAUUUAAAGGAAGAGCUCUCAAGAAUUGAUGAAAGCUGGGUGGCUGCACGUUUUGAUUCGUUACCUCAUGUUGUCCAUAUUUUGACAUCAAAGGAUCGUGAAGAUGAAGUCCAUUACUUAAAGGAACAGAGAGAAAUCGUUGAAGAAGUUGUAGAUGAAGUUGUGCAUGCUUACCACAGUGGUUUCAAUAAAGCAAUCCAAAACUAUUCCCAGAUAUUGCGUUUGUUUAGUGAAUCUGCUGAAAGCAUUGCCAUCUUAAAGGUUGAUUUGGUAGAGGCUAAGAAACUUCUUGGUUCCCGCAAUAAACAAUUACAUCAAUUGUGGUAUCGAUCAGUUACAUUGCGCAACAUAAUUUCACUGCUAGACCAAAUUGAGGGAAUAGCUAAGGUUCCAGCACGUAUUGAGAAGCUCCUUUCUGAAAAACAAUUUUAUGCUGCAGUGCAAUUGCAUGUCCAGUCAACAUUAAUGCUUGAAAGAGAGGGGCUUCAAGCGGUUGGGGCUCUGCAAGAUGUUCGCUGUGAACUAACGAAAUUACGAGGAGUGCUAUUUUAUAAAGUUUUGGAAGAUCUGCAUAAUCAUCUCUAUAAUAAGGGGGAAUAUAGUUCAACUACCAUAAGCAUACAUGAAGGGGAUGAUGAAGUGCUGACAACAACCUCUAUUGCAUUUUCAAUGAAUAAUUCGCAACCACUUUCUCGAAGAACUAGGCUACUGAAAGGUGAUAAUCAAUUUAAUGCAGCUGGACAUGGAGAUGGAUCUUAUAGGCCAGGCUCUGUUGAUGGAGGUUCUUCAUUUGAUGGUCAUGAUGAUGAGAGCGCUAUUGAAAUACUUGAUGGGUCUGCCUCAGAUGGCUAUGCUGCAGUGACAAGAGUAGGUGGUGAAUGUAACACGAAAGACAUCAAAUUUGUUUCUCGUCAAAUUCCAACGUGGCUAUCUUAUUCCACUCCAAAUGAGUUUCUUGAAGCAAUGAAAAAAAGUGAUGCUCCUCUCCAUGUGAAGUAUUUACAGACCAUGGUUGAAUGCCUCUGUAUGCUGGGCAAAGUCGCAGCUGCUGGUGCAAUAAUAUGCCAAAGAUUACGCCCCACCAUUCAUGAGAUCAUCACAUCGAAAAUAAAAGGACAUGCAGCAGCUGUAAAUUCAUCAAGGCCUGGCACUGGCCAAGGUGCUAAAACUGUUAAUUCUGGUUUACAUUACUUGAAGGGACAGCUGGAAAGCUAUCAGUUGCAGAAACAGAAGCGCCAAAAUGGGAUAUUGCUGGCUGGAACACUAUUGGCAGUUAGUCCUGUCUCACCGCUCAUGGCUCCCACAGGAGCAGCACAAGUUGCAGCCAAAGAACUUCUUGACUCAAUAUUGGAUACUAUCAUUCGGAUCCUUGAGAACCAUGUUAUUGUUGGUGAGCUUCUGGAGUCAAAAUCAACACAACAGAGUGAAAUGAUCACACCAAAGUCAAUGAAUGGAGACAUGAACUGGAACCCUGAUUCUGAAGCAUCCCAAGUUACUGGGGGCUACAGCAUUGGGUUUUCCUUGACAGUGUUGCAGAGUGAAUGCCAGCAACUCAUAUGUGAGAUUCUACGAGCAACUCCAGAAGCUGCAUCUGCAGAUGCUGCUGUGCAAACAGCUAGGCUUGCAAACAAAGUUACUUCUAAAGAUAAGAGGGAUGGUUCAGACGAUGGCCUUACUUUUGCUUUUCGCUUUACUGAUGCAACGGUUUCUAUUCCCAACCAAGGUGUUGAUCUCAUUCGUCAAGGAUGGAGUAGGAAGGGUCCAACUGUACUGCAGGAAGGUUAUGGGACUGCAUCUGUUCUUCCAGAGCAAGGAAUUUAUCUAGCGGCAUCUAUGUACCGUCCUGUGCUCCAGUUUACUGAUAAGGUUGCCUCCUUGUUGCCUCCAAAGUACUCUCAGCUUGGGAACGAUGGUCUUCUAGCUUUCCUGGAGAACUUUCUGAAGGAUCAUUUCUUGCCUACAAUGUUUGUUGAUUAUCGGAAAGGCAUACAACAGGCUAUAUCGAGUCCAGCUGCAUUUCGUCCACGAGCACAUGCUGCUUCUACUUAUGCUCCAUCAGUUGAGAAGGGACGUCCUGUCUUGCAGGGGCUUCUAGCUAUUGAUUUCUUAGCGAAGGAGGUGCUUGGUUGGGCACAAGCAAUGCCUAAAUAUGCUGGAGAUCUUGUGAAAUAUGUGCAAACAUUCCUUGAGCGGACUUAUGAAAGAUGCCGAACAUCAUACACGGAGGCUGUUCUUGAGAAGCAGAGUUAUAUGCUUAUAGGGAGGCAUGAUAUUGAAAACUUGAUGUGGCUUGAUCCAUCUAGUGCAUGCUUACCAAGUUCAUUUGGUCAGCAAAGUAUGGAAUGUAGUGCUUCUGAUGCUGAGACUGUUGAAGUUGAGGCAGAAAUAAGUGAUCUACUGUGGAGCUUGCGCCCAAUCAAGCAGGAGAAUCUAAUCCGAGAUGAUAACAAACUCAUUUUGCUGGCAUCCCUUAGCGAUUCGCUGGAAUAUGUAGCGGACUCUAUUGAGAGGCUUGGGCAAGCAUCCUUAAGGCCACCAGAAGAAGGAGAGGAGAACCCCAAGGAUAAGACUCAUCGGCAUACACGCACUAGCAGUGCUCCUCCCCGGGAUUUGGCAUCAUUUGCUGAAGAGUAUAGGAAAUUAGCAAUUGACUGCCUUAAGGUUUUGCGUGUAGAGAUGCAGUUGGAGACAAUCUUUCAUAUGCAGGAAAUCACUAGUAGGGAAUACUUGGAGGAUCAAGAUGCAGAAGAGCCAGAUGAAUUUAUUAUUUCACUUACUGCACAGAUAACACGCAGAGACGAGGAGAUGGCACCUUUUGUUGCAGAAGUAAAAAGGAAUUAUAUUUUUGGCGGAAUAUGUAGUGUUGCAGCAAAUGUGUCAAUUAAGGCAUUGGCGGAUAUGAAAUCAAUCAACCUAUUUGGGGUUCAGCAGAUAUGCCGAAACUCCAUUGCAUUGGAACAGGCCCUUGCAGCUAUCCCAUCAAUUGAUAGUGAAGCUGUCCAACAAAGAUUUGAUCGUGUUCGGACAUACUACGAGCUUCUAAACUUGCCAUUUGAGGCCUUGCUUGCCUCCAUUACCGACCAUGAAUACUUGUUCACAGCAGCAGAAUAUUUAAGUCUUCUAAAGGUGGCUGUCCCAGGCAGAGAGAUCCCUACUGAUGCAAAGGAGCGGGUAUCACAGAUUUUAUCCCAUUAGCCUUCUUUGUGUUGGGUUUUACUACUAUGUGGUGGAUUGAAUAUCAAGGCAACCUGUUAGGGAAAAGGUGCAAUGUUGCAAGCAUGUGUAAUAUCGAAUUAUUCCUCUUUAAUGAUAUCUGGAUAAGCAGCAGUUACUUUCCAUGAGGCUGCUCAAUCUUUUUUACUUGAAGAUGCUAUGUUGUGUAAUCUUUGUGUAGUCAUAUACAACAUUUGUAUAUAGCUCUAUGAGGGUGUUAGUUCCGGCAUUUGAUGUAUAAGUUCUUGAUUUUUUGUUUUGUUUUGUUUUUUUUUUUUUUUUUUUGUUUUUUGCUUAGAGUAUGCCAUAUUGAUUGUGUAAUCAUAACUUACAACAUUUUGUGUAUGGAUCUAUUCAGGCUUUUUUUUUUAAA